UUUCUCAUCAGCAAAGACCCCAACCAAUGAAUCAAUCACAAAUGUCACUUUGACUUCAAAUCAGUCACGUGGAUUUGCUCAUCAGUGCGCACGUGGCUGUUUUACGGUUAGCUACUUUCUGUCAUCAGAAUUCUAAUAGAAGGGUGUCUGAGAUGGACAGCAACAACAGAGAGAAGGUGAAGUUUGACUGGCUACAGACAACACUCUGCUCACCUACAAAGUUCCGCAAGAGCAAUGGUGGCGCACCCAAGCCCAUCCGUUGGAGUGUGUCGCCCAGUGAGGUUUUAACUGCCCCUCAUCUGAACGUGUCGGCUGGCCUGGGAGAGCUGGAGGGCAUCUGCCUAGACACACCCAAGAGAAAGGAGGUCACCUCGUCAGACGACCCCAGCGGGAGCAACCCCUUCACAGGGAAAAUCAAGGGGCUCAGGAAAUGUCUGAAAGAUCUCACUCCCUCCAAGGCGGUACUCAAGGACACAACAUCCCAGUCAGAAAGCCGUGUCUCCUCACCUACACCUUCGGCCUGUGGUCUGAAGAGGAAAGACCGGACCCCACAGGAGGGGUCGAAGGCCAUUUACCUGAAGGCUUUGACCGCCGCUAUCAGGGAAAGAGGAGAGAAGCAGUCCCCGGCCAAAGCGACUGCCGAGAAAAGCCCUUCUUUCGCGAAGAAGAAGUCCACAAAAAAUAACCAGUCUUUGGACACAGCCAAUGACAACAUGCCCAGUUUGGAACCAGACGACUGCGCGGCUCUUGACUUGGACUGCUGCUCAGCCCAGUCAGGGAGCGAGUCAGAGGACAUGGCUCCCCUCGAGGGCGGAGACUACUAUUUCCACCCAAUGGUGUUUGAGGAAACAGGGACACAGGAUGAGAACACUGGUCUCAAAAAAGACACAAGGAGUGUGGUGCUGAAAAGGGAUAACUCCCCUGAUUGGUCAGAUGUUGAGGACCCUGUGGUGGUGGAGACCUUCUCCCAGGAGGAGUCUCCAUCGCAUUCCACUGCCACGGUGGAGCCCAAGAGAGAGGUCAGCAGCAGUGACUCGUCCUUACCUGCUCUGGACUACAUUCCUAACUCUCUACUUUACUUCACGAAGCCUCAAACAUACCACCCAGACACCUGGAAACUCAACUUUCCUGCUGUGAAUGCUCAGAGUGGUAGCAUUACAGCGCCCUCUCUCACCUCCCCCUCUACAAACAGACUGAAUGGUGUUGUUCAGCCACCCAGUGAGAGCCCAGCUCAGCCCUUCCCUCAGUCAUGGAGGACGGUGUUAAUUUCCUCCGAGCAAAUCCCCCAAGAGAAGCCAAACAGUGCACAGCUGCCUGCCCCUGGGACACCCAGGACUGGCAUGGGGGGCAUCGGUGUCCCAUGCUCCCCCAGCAGUGUCUCCUCCUCCCCGGACCCCUUUGCUCUGUGGGAGCCUGCUAUUUGCUCCAGCAACACUUCACCUGCUACACACAAAAUCCACCCCCUGUUCUCCAGCCCCUACCGCCCCUGUGAACAGACCUUCCGAAGGUACUCUGACGGAGGCCACUCCUUUCCCUCUUCCUCCCCCUCCAGGUGCUAUGACAACAGCACCAACACCAGGAGAAUGUCAGUGGGGGUGGAGCCUAUCUGGGCAUGCGACCCCUCCCAGCGGAGGGUGAGCCAACAUGGCUUCGUGGACACCCACUGCCACCUGGACAUGCUGUGGGGCAAGCUGGGCUUCCGGGGCACCUUUGCCCGCUUCCGCAGCCUGCACCAGAGCAGCUUCCCGACUGAUUUUCACGGCUGCAUUGCCGACUUCUGCAACCCUCGGAUCAUGGUGCGGGAAGCGCUGUGGGAGGGCCUGCUGGCGGAGGAGCUGGUCUGGGGGGCGUUCGGGUGCCACCCCCACUUCGCCAAGGAGUACUCUGAGGUCCACGAGCGUAGCAUUCUAAUGGCCAUGCGACACCCUAAAGCUAUAGCCUUUGGCGAGAUUGGCCUGGACUACUCCCACAAGAACUCCACCAACACAUCCAGGCAGAAAGAGGUAUUUGAACGUCAGCUGAAACUGGCUGUGGCUAUGAACAAGCCUCUGGUGAUCCACUGCAGGGACGCAGACGAUGACCUGCUGCUCAUCAUGAAGAAGUGUGUGCCCCAGGACUACAAAAUCCACAGACACUGUUUCACCAACAGUUACCCGGUGAUCGAGCCCUUCCUGAAGGAGUUUCCCAACCUGUGUGUGGGCUUCACGGCUCUCAUCACCUACCCUACGGCAUACGAGGCCCGUGACGCGAUCCGCAAGAUCCCCCUCGACCGCAUCCUCCUGGAGACAGACGCACCCUAUUUCCUGCCCCGACAGGUUAGUAAAGAUGUCUGUAGGUUUUCCCACCCAGGCAUGGGUAUACACACCCUGCGUGAGAUCAGCCUUCUGAAGGGAGAAAGCAUCACCACGGUGCUCACCACGAUCCGACGCAACACCACCCAGCUCUACGGCAUAUGACCACAACGACAGGGAAGGUCACCACGGAGGCCAUGACUACCACCCUUGUAGUAGGCAUGGAAAGUACAAGGUGUAGCUGUCGUAGUGACCUGACACACACUUGCUCUCCUCAAACAUAGGCAGCCUCAUGGAGAGAAUUGUGUUAUCGAAGGUUCACGUUAAAGAUUAAUCGUUAAACUACAUAGAAUAAAUCAACUAUGUUUUCCAAACUGGUUUUGUUUGCAGCCUGUGGCAUUUAACGUCUGAAAAUAUAUUUUUGGUAGUUAACGCAUUGCAGAAAAAUGUAUAUAAGAUAAGAGAAAAAAGGAUGUAGUUGUCAAGCUUUGUUUUAGCUGACCCCAAGCCCUUGCAUAGUUUUAGGAGUUAAGUCUGAGGCUAGCAGGCAUUAGAAGCAUGAAAUGCUCAGUUUGAGCUUCACUCUGUUCUAAAAGAUCCCAAUGGUUUCAGCAACUCUGAUCUCACUCUGGAAUCCAAAUCUUAUUUUAUUUUUACCUUUAUUUUUUUAUUCGAUUUGACGGAAGCUUUAAUCUGUUUAAUUUGGGUGUUUGUAAUCAUUUUACUCUACUUUGCUGACUUGUGAAAUGGUUUGGUUUUGAUUUAGUCGAUGUAGAAGCCUUCCUUCCCUUCCCGGUUCCUUCCUCACUAGCAAAGGUUGUUAUGUACUCAAUUAAAAGCUUAUUUUUACUUU